GGAUGGGAGGCCUCAACCUAUAGGUUGCUGCUGGAUGAGGUGUUAGUGAGGCCAGCAGGGGGGCUUACCCUGUGGUGUGUGUGGGUCCUAAUGCCCCAUCAUAGGGACGGGGACACUAUACUGUAAAAAAGCACCGUCCUUCGGAUGAGAUGUUAAACCGAGGACCUGAGUCUCUGUGGUCACUAAAAAUCCCUUACACUUCUCGUAAAGAGUAGGGGUGUAACCCUGGUGUCCUGGCCAGAUUCCCUCUAGUCCUUGUCAAUCAUGGCCUCCUAAUAAUCCCCAUCUCUCUCUCUCCACCUAUAGCUAGUGUGUGGUGAGCGCACUGGCACCGUGGCUGCCGUUACAUCAUCCAGGUGGAUGCUGCAUACUGGAUGCUGGUUUGAGGAGAGACCCCCCUCAUAUGAUUGCAAAGCUUUGGGUGCACAGCAAUGCGCAAUUUAAAUGCUUCAUUCAUUCAGAAUCAUUCAAGAGUCCACGUGGAGUUGUUUUGUAGAGAAAAUCGGGUGUUUUUUUCAGAUAUGUCUAAGAUUUCGCGUAUAAUAGACAAAUACCUUAUAUGCCAGUGUACGUUUUUAAUGUACUUAAUUGGCAUUAACAAUUAUGAUUACAUAUUAAUUGCAACUCGCAGCCCACUAUAAUGAUAAUGGCAUGAUAUUUAUGACAUUCAAGGAAAAAGGAAGCCACUUUUCCAGUCAAUGUUUAUUUUUUUACAAUAAGCAAAGCUAAACCAUCGCAGCACUUGCCUCACACAACUACUAUUUUCAACAAGAGCAUGUUUCAGUCAUUUUAUACAACAAGUUUAGCUUAAGUUAAAUAAAUUAAACAAAGUUAAAUAAACUACACCGAUAGUAACAUGUCUAAACCAGCUAACUUGUACACAUACAUGACCAAAUUGUACUUGCUGUCUGGGUCAACUAAAAAAUAUGUCAGAAAAUGUUAGGUUGUUUAGUUCUAAAAUCUGUGCUUAUUUCUACAUAGACUUAAACACUAAAGACACAUUGUUUCCUGAUCUAAUUUAUUAGACAAGCACAUACAGUAAGUGGAUUGUGUUGAUCCACUCCACUGAAGUAUAUUAGUCUGAACUGCUAGAUCUAAUGGCUUCUCCAGAAAGCAAAAUAUCUCAAAAUUGCUUGAUCCAAGCCACUAGGGGGCCUUGUGGGACCCAUGGUCUUUAAAUAAGUAAAAGUGAAACUGAUUCAAGUUACUGGAAUGGUUGUCCUAAAGGGAGUGGAAGAGAAAAUGGCUGAAUGUUUACCAGCACCUCCAAAAACAGGAAGAAAGCAUAGAAGAAAAUGUAUUGAUUUACCUCAAUUUAUGGCAUACUGUGAGGCACCAGAUAUGCGUGAACAUCUUCAGUGUUCUGUCUGUCUGGAUGUGUUCAAUGAUCCGGUCACUACUCCAUGUGGACACAACUUCUGUAAGACCUGCCUGACGGCAUGCUGGGAACACAGCCAGGAGUACAGAUGUCCAUAUUGUAAAGGAACUUUCAUCCAGAGACCUGAUCUGAAGUUCAAUGUUGCACUUAAAGCGAUUGUACAACUGUUUGAGAAAAACCCAGAAGGCCUGUCUACUGCUGGUGAGCCAUUGUCAGAUGAGCUGCAGUGCUCUAUUUGUCUGGAUGUGCUUGACAAUCCCGUCACAACUCCAUGUGGACACAGCUUCUGUAAGACCUGCCUGACGGCAUGCUGGGAACACAGCCAGGUGUACAGAUGUCCAUAUUGUAAAGGAACUUUCAUCCAGAGACCUGAUCUGAAGUUCAAUGUUGCACUUAAAGUGAUUGUACAACUGUUUGAGAAAAACCCAGAAGGCCUGUCUACUGCUGGUGAGCCAUUGUCAGAUGAGCUGCAGUGCUCUAUUUGUCUGGAUGUGCUUGACAAUCCCGUCACAACUCCAUGUGGACACAGCUUCUGUAAGACCUGCCUGAAAAAGUGCUGGGACAUCAGUCAGAACUGCACCUGUCCAGUUUGUAUAGAAACAUUCAACAAAAGGCCUGAUCUAAAGUGUAACACAGGUCUUAAAGCGAUUGUAGAAGUCUUUGAAAAAAACUCAGGAUCUGGCGGGUACAUAAUCAGAUGUGAUGUUUGUAAACACAGAAAAACCAUAAGAUCGUGUCUAGAUUGUUGUGGAACUUUCUGUGACAUUCAUCUGGAGCCACAUUUCUCCAUACCAGUGCUCAAGAAACACAAACUGAUAAACCCAGUUGAGAAUCUUCAGGAUUAUAUUUGCCAGAAACACGAAAGACCUCUAGAGAUGUUCUGUAAAGAUGAUCAAACCUAUCUGUGUCUGCUCUGUGCAAGAGACCAUAUGCCACACAAAACUGUUAUAGAGCAAAAAACUGGAGAGAGAAAGAAUCAGCUCAGGAGCACACAAGACAAGUUACAAAAGAUGAUUCAGAGUAGAACAAAGAAGAUUCAAGAGAUCAGACACUCACUAGAAACCAGAAAAAGGAACACAAAGAAAGAGAUAGCAGAUUGUGUUGAGCUGUUCACCUCUGUGAUUCACUCAAUUGAGAGAUGUCAGUCUGAACUGCUUGAUCUAAUGGAUCAGAAGCAGAAAGCAGCAGAGGAUCACGCAGAAGAUCUCAUGAAAGAGCUGGAGCAGGAGAUCACUGAACUGAAGAGGAGAGACACUGAGCUGGAGCAGCUCUCACACACUGAGAAUCAUCUCUACUUGCAACAGAUAUACCCAUCCCUGUGCAGUCCUUUAAACAGCAGGAACUGGACUCAGAUCAGUUUUAACACACAUCAAAGCAUGAAGACUCUGUGGAAAGCUCUGGCUCAACUGCAGGAGACUCUAAAUGAGAAACUGAGUGAAACUGUUCUAAAGGGGAUGCAGCAAUAUGCAGUGGACAUAACUCUGGAUCCUGAAACAGCCCAUCCUGAACUCAUCUUGUCUCCUGAUGGAAAACAAGUGAGACAUGAAAACAUAAAGCUGAAUCUCCCUGACAACCCACAGAGGUUUGAUGACUGUCUAAGCAUCCUGGGAAAAGAGAGAUUUUCCACCGGCAGAUUUUAUUAUGAGGUGCAUGUGACAGGAAAGACCAAGUGGAAUUUAGGAGUCGUGAGAGAGUCCAUUAACAGGAAAGGGGACGUCAUUAUGAGUCCUGAGAAUGGAUACUGGGUUCUGUGCCUGAGAGAUGGAGGGGAUUAUUGGGUGGUUGCUCAUCCCUCCGUUUUCCUUUCUCUGAGAGUGAAGCCCCAGAAGGUGGGUGUGUUUGUGGAUUAUGAGGAGGGUCUGGUGUCCUUUUAUGAUGUGGAGUCCAGGUCUCAUAUCUACCUUUACACUGGUCAGUCUUUCUUAGAUAAGAUUCUUCCAUAUUUUUGUCCAUGUAAUAAUGAUGAAGGCACAAAUUUUCCCCCACUGAUUAUUUAUCCUAUUAGACACACGAAAUAA